GUGCUGAGCACGUCUUUAUAGGAGGAAGGACCAGACGCAAUCAGCGACUAGGCUCAGUGCAAACUGAGCUGUUAUGCUGUUUGGUCUGUUUUUCUUUUUACUGCGGUCCCAGAACUUCCUCCCACCAAAGGGAGACUAUGGCCACUCCAUUGACAGACUUCGAAAGGAGGAAACAAAUAAGUGUGAGGGGGAUCGCCGAGCUCGGGGAUGUGGUGGAGUUGAAAAAGAGCUUCAACAGGCAUUUGCAUUUCACACUGGUCAAAGACAGAAAUGUCGCUACGCCUCGAGAUUACUACUUCGCUCUGGCUCACACCAUCCGCGACCACUUGGUUGGGCGGUGGAUCCGCACCCAGCAGUAUUAUUAUGAGAAAGAUCCCAAGCGUAUCUAUUACCUGUCUCUGGAGUUUUACAUGGGCCGAACCUUGCAGAACACUAUGGUGAACUUGGGAUUGGAGAAUGCCAGUGAUGAGGCAAUAUAUCAGCUGGGUUUGGACAUUGAAGAACUGGAGGAAAUUGAAGAAGAUGCUGGACUUGGCAAUGGAGGUCUUGGUCGACUGGCAGCCUGCUUUCUUGAUUCAAUGGCCACACUGGGUUUGGCAGCGUAUGGCUAUGGAAUUCGCUAUGAAUUUGGUAUUUUUAAUCAGAAGAUUCAUAAUGGCUGGCAGGUAGAAGAAGCUGAUGAUUGGCUGCGAUAUGGUAACCCAUGGGAAAAGGCACGGCCCGAAUACAUGCUCCCUGUUCACUUCUAUGGGCGAGUCGAACGUGCUGCAGAUGGCAUCAGAUGGGUUGAUACUCAAGUUGUCCUUGCCAUGCCAUAUGAUACUCCAGUGCCAGGAUUUAAGAAUAACACUGUCAACACCAUGAGAUUGUGGUCUGCCAAGGCCCCCAAUGAUUUCAACCUGAAAGACUUUAAUGUUGGUGAUUACAUUCAAGCUGUGUUGGAUCGAAACCUGGCUGAGAAUAUAUCCCGAGUGUUGUACCCCAAUGACAAUUUCUUUGAAGGUAAAGAGCUCCGUUUAAAACAAGAAUACUUUGUGGUAGCAGCCUCGCUCCAGGACAUAAUCCGUCGCUUCAAGUCUUCAAAGUUUGGUUGUCGGGAUCCAGUCCGCACUUCAUUUGAAACUUUCCCAGACAAAGUUGCCAUUCAGCUCAAUGACACCCAUCCUGCCCUGGCCAUUCCUGAACUGAUGAGAAUUCUAAUAGAUGUUGAGAAGCUUGAAUGGGAAAAGGCUUGGGAUAUAACAAAACAGACCUGUGCUUAUACCAACCACACGGUGCUACCUGAAGCGCUAGAACGCUGGCCUGUUCAGAUGUUUGAACGUCUUCUGCCAAGACACUUGCAAAUAAUUUAUGAAAUCAACCAGAAACAUUUGGACAACAUUGCUGCACAGUUUCCUGGUGAUGUUAACCGCCUGACGCGUAUGUCUCUGAUUGAAGAGGGAGAUCCCAAGAGGAUUAACAUGGCACACCUGAGCGUUGUUGGAUCACAUGCUGUUAAUGGAGUUGCACAAAUUCAUUCAGAAAUUGUGAAAAAUACAGUUUUCAAGGAUUUUUAUGAACUUGAGCCAGACAAGUUCCAAAAUAAGACGAAUGGGAUUACUCCAAGACGUUGGCUGUUACUAUGCAAUCCUGGCCUUGCAGAUGUCAUAGCCGAGAGAAUUGGAGAGGGUUUUAUCACAGACCUACACCAGUUGAAGAAACUGCUGGCCUAUGCUGAAAAUGAAGCAUUCAUUAGAGAUGUGGCCAAUGUUAAGCAGGAGAAUAAAUUAAAAUUUGCUACUUAUUUGGAAAAAGAGUACAAUGUCAAAAUAAACCCAGACUCUAUCUUUGAUGUCCAUGUGAAGCGGAUCCAUGAAUACAAAAGGCAGCUACUGAACUGUUUACAUAUUAUCAUUCUAUACAACCGUAUCAAGAAAGAUCCAAACAAAGCCUUUGUACCAAGGACAAUCUUGAUUGGAGGGAAGGCAGCUCCUGGCUACCACAUGGCCAAGAUGAUCAUUAAACUUAUAACAUCCGUUGGAAAUGUCGUCAACAAUGAUCCCAUUGUGGGUGACAGACUGAAGGUCAUCUUCCUGGAGAACUACCGGGUGUCCCUUGCAGAGAAAGUGAUACCUGCAUGCGACUUGUCUGAACAGAUUUCAACGGCUGGUACAGAAGCCUCUGGCACGGGGAACAUGAAGUUUAUGUUGAAUGGAGCCUUGACAAUUGGAACCAUGGAUGGUGCUAAUGUAGAAAUGGCUGAAGAGGCAGGAGAGGAGAACCUCUUCAUCUUUGGGAUGAGAGUGGAAGAUGUUGAAGCACUUGAUAAGAAGGGGUACAAUGCCAGAGAAUACUUCGAAAAGCUGCCAGAACUGAGACAAGCUAUGGAUCAGAUCAGUGGUGGUUAUUUCUCCCCUAAGGAACCGGAGCUGUUUAAAGACAUAGUUAACAUGUUGAUGCACCAUGACAGGUUUAAAGUGUUUGCUGACUUCGAAGCGUAUGUCAAAUGCCAGGAGAAAGUUAGUAAGCUUUAUCAGAAUCCAAAGGAUUGGACCAAGGUGGUUAUUAAAAACAUUGCAAACUCUGGCAAGUUCUCAAGUGAUAGAACCAUCAAGGAGUAUGCCAGAGAGAUCUGGGGGGUGGAGCCUUCUGAUGUGAAGAUUCCUCCUCCUAAUGAACCGAAGGCCUAGUUUGCACCCACUGCUGGUCUUGAUAACAAGCUAUACUGAUGUGUUUUUGUCUAAUACCUCUGUCAGAUUCAUGUUUAUUAUGAAAAUAGCCUUGCAUUAGUUUUUUUUUCCUUUCUAAAUGCACUUGCCUUAUUAAAACGUGUUUAAGCAAAAAGUUAUUCAAUGUCUGUUACUUAAAUCAGCUUACUUUUUAAAUCCAGAUUUCUUUAAUAUAAUCAUGGAUUUGUCUGUUCUUUAAAGGGUUAACAUUUAGAGCCUGCAGUUUUUUGGUUUGCACUAGUUUAGAGAUCAUAGUGUCCAGUACGCAGAGCUCAAUUUAAAAUUAUCACGUGGAAUAAUAUUUCUUCUACAAAUACCUUUAACAGACUGUGUGCCUGUACCACUUUUAAUUUGAUGGUUGUUCUUGUACAGUAUUUGCUUACUUGUAAGGUAACUGUAACAAGGAAACCUUUGUAAAUGAGGAUGGAAACAAUUUUUACUGAAAUUGCGUGCAUUCAGGUGACAAAGGCUAGAACACGUGGUGAAUCCCUCAUUCAAUUCAUGGUCUGGCCUGCCUUCAUGAUUGAUUUUUUAGAAAUUACAAUUGACUUCACAAUUCAAAUUUACCUUUGUUUUACUGCCUGUCUGCUUCACUAAUAAUGAUCCACUGAACUCGAUUAGUUAUUGAUGCCUUUGUUCUGUCCAACUGGUUAAGGAUCCCAACUUGCUCAAUUGAUUUUGGCUUUUGUAUAGUAAGCAGUUUUUUCUUAAAGUUGCUUUAAGUCAAAUCUGCAUGGUUAAACUGUGUUAAAUUUGAGUGGAUUGAAACUGGGACCUGGCCUGUUCAGAGUUCUUUCUACCUCUGGUUCAGCAUUCCCAAAGUCUCUGCAGCAAGAAAAGGUAAAUAGAAAAACAAAGGAAAAUAAAACUAUAAACAUUGCUAAAA